AUGAAAGUACUUUUUGGUGUGCUUUCCUUGUGCCUCGUGGUGGCUACCAAGACUGCUCCGCGAAUCAUUGAUGGUCAUGAUGCUCCCGAUGGAAAAUACCCAUAUCAAGCAUCUCUUCGAUUCCAUACCGAAUCAGCGAGCAACCUCAAAGUCUACGUUGGAAGCAACCAACUUUCAAGCGCCGAUAACCAAGUCUACCAAGUCGAGUACCUCAUCUAUCACGAGAAAUAUGACCCUCGGAUUCUGGUUAACGACAUUGGUCUGGUCCGGGUAGAUAAGGAUAUCGAAUUCAGUGACAAAGUCCAGCCUGUCACUUUGCCCAGCGUCGACAUUUUCAAGGCCAAUACCUCCGUUGUCCUUACCGGAUGGGGCAAAACCAUGUUGGGUGGUUUUACUCCUGACACACUUCAGGAAGUAGACCUGAAGAUUUACAGUCAACAGUCCUGCGAGAAGGCCUGGAAUUCUGAGUUUCCCAUUACCGAAUCUCAAAUUUGCACUUCAAGCAGCGGUGGUGGAGCCUGCAACGGUGACUCUGGUGGUCCUCUUGUCGCCGACGGUGUCCAAGUCGGAAUAGUUUCUUAUGGUCGUGCAACUGAGGGUAUACCCGAUGUAUACACGAGAGUCUACAGUUUCUUAGACUGGAUCCAAGAGCAACAAAACAAAUUCUACUGA